GAAGAGGAUCGAGUGUUUGUGAUGCGCAUAUGAAAGUGCAGCAGAGAAGAGGAGGAUUUACCUGUGUUGGGUUCCAAAGUCCUGCGCUGGGCGACAGGAGGAUGUCGAGCCACAGCGGGCAAGCACGCUGCUGCUUCUGCUGCAGCUGCUGCUGCUGCUGCUGCGCCCACGGAUUGCCCUCGUGCAGCGCCCUCUCCCCGUGCUCUGUGCAACCUUUGCCUUCUCCCUUCCUCCAACGACCACUGUUGCUUUUUAGAGUACUGCACGCGCCCCCCCGCGCUUAGCCUCCCCCAUCAUUCCUCCUCGUCCAUUCUCGUGCUGCCUCUCCCUCCACCUCUUCCGUAUCUCGCAGUCCCUCGUCCUGCUUCCCUUGUCAGCCUUUCUCGAUCUGAUGCGAAGCUCUCAGAGCUCCUUUUGACCACUGAUAUUGAGCUGACCAUUUUCCUGUACGGCUUCGAUCGUUCUCUCUAAUCACAGUGUUCAAAAUUGUUUUCCCUCUACACUGUCAAAGUCGGGAAGCUAAGUUAGAGAGUUCCAAGGCUGCAUGGUUAGUCAACCCAAUGUACCAUGAUAUCGUUCCUAUCUUAAGCCAAGCAAUCCGUGCCACUUACCAACACACCCACGCCGUCGUACUGCUGCAGCGAAGAGGAGAUUGAUCGAUCGAUCGAUCGAUCGAUCACCGAACCAUGGAGUACAACUGUCUCGGCUGGGACGGCCUCGGGCACGCAGCACUCCGUCAGGCCGUCGCGGCUUCCGGCCCUUACCUCCUCUGCGCGGCGGCCUUCUUCCUGCUAUGGGAGCAGCUGUCGUACCUGCGCAAGAAGGGCUCGCUCCCGGGGCCUCACUUCGUCGUCCCCUUCCUCGGCAGCGCCCUGCCCAUGAUCAUGAACCCGACGAGGUUCUGGGAGCGGCAGGCCGCCCUCGCCCGCGACUCGGGCCUCGGCGUCUCCGCCAACUUCCUCGUCGGCCGCUUCAUCGUCUUCGUCCGCUCCACCGAGCUCUCCCACAAGGUGUUCGCCAACGUCCGCCCCGACGCCUUCCACCUCAUCGGCCACCCCUUCGGCAAGAAGCUGUUCGGCGAGCACAAUCUCAUCUACAUGUUCGACCAGAAGCACAAGGACCUCCGCCGCCGCAUCGCCCCCAACUUCACCCCCCGCGCCCUCUCCACCUACAUCAACAUCCAGCAGCGCGUCAUCCUCGCCCACCUCCACGACUGGCUCGCCCGCUCCGCUCCUUCUCCCAAGCCCAUCGCGCUCCGGCUCCUCUGCAGGGACCUCAACCUCGAGACCUCGCAGACCGUCUUCGCGGGGCCAUACCUCUCUGCCGCCGCGCGCGAGCAGUUCAACCGGGACUACAACCUCUUCAACGUGGGCCUCAUGGCCAUCCCCUUCGAUCUUCCCGGGUUCGCCUUCCGGCGGGCAAGGCUCGCGGUGUCCCGCCUGAUCCGCACCCUCUCCGGCUGCGUCGCCCAGAGCAAGGAGCGGAUGCGCGCCGGCGACGAGCCGAGCUGCCUCGUCGACUUCUGGAUGCAGGAAACCCUGCGGGAGGUCGCGGAGGCGGAGGCCGCCGGGACGCGGCCGCCGCCGGAGAACGGGGACGAGGAGAUCGGCGGCCACCUGUUCGACUUCCUAUUCGCGGCGCAGGACGCGUCCACCUCGUCGCUGCUGUGGGCGGUGGCGCUGCUGGACGCGCACCCGGAUGUGCUGGCGCGGGUCCGGGGGGAGGUGGCGGCGCUGUGGGCGCCGGAGUCGGGGGCGCCCAUCACGGCGGAGCAGGUGCAGCAGAUGCGGUACACGCAGGCGGUGGCAAGGGAGGUGGUGCGGUACCGGCCGCCGGCGACGAUGGUGCCCCACAUCGCCGGGCAACCGUUCCCGCUGACGGAGUGGUACACGGUGCCGAAGGGGGCGAUAGUGUUCCCGUCGGCAUACGAGUCGUCGUUCCAGGGGUUCACCGAGCCGGACCGGUUCGACCCAGACCGGUUCUCGGAACAGCGGGCGGAGGACCGGGUCCACAAGCGCCACUUCCUGGCCUUCGGCGCGGGCGCCCACCAGUGCGUGGGCCAGCGGUACGCCAUCAACCACCUCGUCCUCUUCAUCGCCCUCUUCACCUCGCUCGUCGACUUCGAGCGCCACCGCACCGACGGCUGCGACGAGAUCGCGUACGUGCCAACCAUCGUGCCCAAGGACGACUGCACCGUACACCUCUCCCGGCGAGGCGCUCCCUCACUCUGACCCCAUCCCAACCCCGACCUCGCCAGUGUGGGUCCCCGCGUCUCUCUCUCGGUGUUGGUGUGUGUGUUCCCGUGGGUGAAUCGUCUAUUCACAUCGUCUUCUCCCUCUUCUUCUCCUUCUCCAUGUUCGUGGUUUGUCUGCACAGUGCGAAGCUAUUCAGCAGGAGGUGAACGUUGUAUGUGGUUGGUCGUAUGUCCUGACCGAUUAGGCAUUUGGUGUUGGUGAUCGUUUGUCCUGAAACACUCGCUGCUUCUUGAUUAACAACAGUUCAUCAUCGUCUGA